GUGUCACUUUAAGAGUUUUAUUUUAAUGACAGCUCAGAUUCCACGCGUCUUCUGCUUAUGGCUCCUACAACGGAAGACUUUCUGAAACAAAAUCAAUUACGUCUUCCGCUUCUUCGGCUCUUCGCAGGGCUAAAUCUCCACCAGAUCUUCAUCCCUGAUUAAUCUCCAAAAAUACACUGAUUUUCCGAUUAAUUUUCACCUAAGGAAAGGAAUCAACAGUCUCUGCUUCGCCAAAGGAAAGUUUCAAAGAUUUUGUCGAUUGCUCUACAAUUAGAUGCCGAUCUGGCCAAUCAGAUCCAUGGCUUAUCGUAUUCUCCGAUUAAAAAAAGGCAAGGAAUAUCAGUGCACACAUUCUUUUCCUUCUACUGUCGCUAAAAAGUUCAAGAGAAAAUUCUUCGAUCGGUCACCUUCGUCUCCUUCUGCGCAAAUUAAUGGCUUACUACAACAAUCAGAAGACAUACAAUCUCAAGUUGAAAUCAAGAAGACUUGAGGUAUAAAUCUGCUUAAUUUAGAGUUCAAUUUUAAACCCCUCUUUGUUAGUAAUUUGUUAUAUAUGGAGUAAAUACUACAGUCCGUACCUCUCCACUCAAUCCAAACAUGCUUGAGGAAAUUGUAAGUACAUUUACAUAGUGCUGCCAAGAACUUCAUGUUUGAGGAGGUGUGUGUUCUGCAAAAAGUAAUUUACUCCUUAAUUUAUGAGAUGAGCAUUUAGUUUUUCAUUUAAUAAUUUGCUGCUGGGUUUUAACAUAUACAAGAUAAAGACGGUUAAAGUAGAAAAAAUAUAGUCCUAAAGUUAUAUUGUUUUAUUAUUAUUUUGAUCAUUAGGCAGUCUAUGCUUUAAUUUGAUUGUGACAAAUCUGUAACUUUUUCCUUGGUCAACAUAUUUUAAAAAAAAACAUUCUAUCUGCCAAUUUGGCAACUGGUUUGCAGAUCACAUUACAAUACUAACUGUGAUCAUAUUGAUAAUUGCAUUAUCACAACAGUGAAGUGACACAGAGUGACAAUCCAUAUACUCAAGUGAUUAGUUGACAUUGGUAUCAUUAUUAGUCAUUUGCAUUCUUUGAGACCGCCAAUAUCCCAAUUUGCCACUACAUAUUUCAUUUGGAAUAAAAAAAAUCCAGUUAAAAGAAAAUUGUUUAAACCCUUGACAUGGCUAGGCCUCUUUUAUUUUGAAUACAUUGUUUGUCUUAUUUGUAUACUCAUGUAUUUUUUUUCAAAUCUCACCAUGGAAGUUUUGGCAAUCAAAAAGAGCUUGACGAACCCCUGCUUCGCAAGACGUAUCCUUUCAAGGUUAAGCUUAAGGGCUCUAAUUUGAUUACACGUCAUGUGUCCACGCGGCUGCUCAAGAGAGGAAACCGCUACCUCCGUCCUGGAUCCCAGAACCGAUUCUUCUGCUCUCUCGCGAGGACUGGGAAUCGAUUUUACAAGGAAAGAAAACCUGCAAGGAAACUACGGAUGAUUCAACUCUGAUUCCUCGUGCGUUAGAUCUUCACGGAAGGAAAGAACAUCCCUUUUACAGGUAAAAGAUCCAGGAUUAUUCCAAAUUACAUAUUGGAGACUUAGAGUAAAUUUGGCCGAUAGGCUUAAAAAUAAAUAAGUAAAAAAAAAAAAGGUAGACAGUCAGGCAGUUAGGCAGUUACUAGUUACAGACAGUUUUAUGACAGUUUCCAACAGAUGUGUUGGUUAGAAACUGUUGUGUCUAUUUGUAAUGGUUGUGUUGUUUAGUCCUCUAUUUAUAUGUAUGGGCACAUUGUUCUGGACAGCAGUUCCACAAUAAAAACACACUGUUUCUAUACUUUAGAUCUGUCAUUAUUUCUCUCAAUUGGUAUCAGAGCCCUGGUUAAGAAAAAAUCAAACACAGAUCUGUGAUCAGUAGUUGUCUUGCAAUACGCCUGAAAAACAAUAGUCUGUGAUGGAGGCCAUCAAUACUAAGAAAACAAACGAUGUUGUUGCUGUUACCCCAGUUCGAGAUGGAGGCUCGACAACGUACCAAUGUCCUGGAUGUCCAAUUUGAAGAAAACAGAGCGUGGGACUGGGCUAAAGAUUUGGAGACAGAGGGAAAUGAAAGUCAUGUUGAAUUUGUAGUUGAAAAUGAAGCUUGUGUGACUGGUCAAGGAUUGACUCAAAAUGGUGGCAGCCAACUCAAUACCUCACCCAAUCACACUGAAGACCCAAUCACACUGAAGACCUGACUGCUCCAAAUGUACAGAAUGGGUGUGAAUCUGUUAGCACACCGGAGAAUUGUUUGUUGUCUAACCUAAAGUCGCCUGCCUCGGUUCCAAGCACUCUUAUCAGCCCACUAAAUGUUCCUAACAGCCCGCAUGGGUUUGAAAAUCUUAGUACAUCAAGUGCAAGUCCUAUUUCAAGUUCACAUUACGAUGAUACACCCCCUCGAGGAUUUCGCCACCUAAAUGAUGUGUAUUCAAGAACUCAAUCGAUACAAGAGAAGGCUUUCAAUCCACCUCACUUUGAUGACGCAGAACUAUUACUA